AUGUCAAGUUUUGUGGGAGGCCGUGACAUCAGGUCGUCCGGAGCAUCCCCAGUCCGCUCUCUGCUUCCCCCUUUACCCGCCACCCGCGGGGAAGCGCAGGCUGGCGCAGGGUCACCGGGACUCGCUGUUCCGCAGCGCCGGCGCUGCCGCGCUUCCCGCGCCCGCAGGCUCCUCACGCCGCCCGUUCGAAAAGGCUACCAAAACUGGGAACCUAAGAGCUUCAGAGCUUUCAAAGCAUAUUUCAAUUGUGAGCAAAGUGUGCGCCACUUAAAGAACACCCCGGAAGUGAACAAACACAAGCCCUGGAUUGAGACAUCAUACCACGGAAUCAUAACUGAAAACAAUGACACUGUAAUUUUGGAUCCUCCCCUUGUUGCUUUGGAUAAAGAUGCACCUGUUCCCUUUGCAGGUGAAAUCUGUGCUUUUAAAAUCCACGGGCAAGAAAUGCCCUUCGAAGCUGUUGUGCUGAACAAGACAUCUGGAGAAGGUCGUCUUCGAGCAAAAAGGCCUAUUGACUGUGAACUGCAGAAGGAAUAUACAUUCAUCAUCCAGGCCUAUGAUUGUGGAUCAGGACCAGGUGGAACAAACUGGAAGAAAUCUCACAAGGCAGUGGUCCAUAUCCAGGUAAAGGAUGUCAAUGAGUUUUCACCAGCUUUCAAGGAGAGUGUAUAUAAGGCCACUGUGACAGAAGGAAAGAUCUACGACAGCAUACUGCAGGUAGAAGCCAUUGACGAGGACUGUUCCCCUCAGUAUAGCCAGAUCUGCAAUUAUGAAAUUGUCACAACUGAUGUUCCUUUUGCUAUUGACAGAAACGGUAACAUCAGAAACACUGAGAAACUGAACUAUGAUAAACAGCACCAGUAUGAGAUAAUGGUAACAGCUUUUGACUGUGGGCAAAAACAUGCAACAGAAGAUGUCUUAGUCCGAGUUAAUGUCAAACCAGUGUGCAAACCAGGCUGGCAAGACUGGAGCAAACGGAUUGAAUACAAGCCUGGUUCUGGCAGUAUGCCUUUGUUUCCCAGCAUUCACCUAGAAACAUGUGAUGGGCCGGUUUCCUCAAUACAUACCACUAUUGAAUUACAGACCAAUUACAUUGGAAAGGGCUGCGAUCGUGAAACGUACUCAGAAAAAUCUCUACAGAAAUUAUGUGGAGCUUCCUCAGGUGCCAUUGACCUGUUACCAUCUCCCAGUGCAACAACUAACUGGACAGCUGGGCUUCUCAUGGAUAACAAUGACAUGAUUUUUAAAUUUGAUGGAAAGCAAGGAGCCAAAAUCCCAGAUGGAAUAGUCCCAAAGAAUUUAACUGAUCAAUUCACCAUCACUCUGUGGAUGAAACAUGGACCUAGUCCAGGAUUAAGAGCUGAGAAAGAGACUAUUCUCUGCAACUCUGACAAGACAGAGAUGAACCGUCAUCACUAUGCCCUCUACGUGCACAACUGCCGAUUAGUAUUUCUGUUGCGCAAAGACUUUGAUCAGGCUGACACCUUUCGUCCUGCGGAGUUCCACUGGAAACUGGAUCAGAUCUGUGAUAAAGAAUGGCAUUACUAUGUUGUCAAUGUUGAGUUUCCCGUUGUUACCUUAUACAUGGAUGGAACAACAUAUGAACCUUACCUUGUGACCAAUGAUUGGCCUAUCCACCCUUCACACAUAGCCAUGCAGCUGACAGUUGGUGCUUGUUGGCAAGGAGGUGAAGUCACCAAGCCCAGAUUUGCUCAGUAUUUCCAUGGCAGCUUGGCCAGUCUUACUAUCCGGCCAGGCAAAAUUGAGAGCCAGAAAGUGAUUUCCUGUUUGCAGGCCUGCAAGGAAGGUCUGGAUAUUAAUUCUCUUGAGAGUCUUGGCCAAGGAAUAAAGUAUCACUUCAACCCUUCCCAGUCAGUCCUUGUCAUGGAAGGAGAUGACAUUGAGAAUAUAAAUCAAGCUCUCCGAAAGGUCUCAUACAUCAACUCUAGACAGUUUCCUACUGCAGGCGUACGACGUCUCAAAGUCUCAUCUAAAGUCCAAUGUUUUGGUGAAGAUGUCUGCAUUAGUAUCCCAGAUAUAGAUGCGUAUGUAAUGGUGUUUCAGGCCAAUGAGCCCAAGAUUACAAUAAGUGGGAUGGACCACUUUGCUAGACCAGCUGCACAAUUUGAAAGAGGUGUUAUUUUGUUACCUGACAUCAGGAUUGUCAGCACAGUCACCAAAAUGGAGCAUCCGGUGGACUCAAAAGAACAUGACAGAGGCAAUAAGCCAGCGGUAUUAGAGGAAAUGCUCCACAACUUAGAUUUCUGUGAUAUUUUGGUCAUUGGCGCAGAACUAGAUCCUGAACAAGAGUGUUUAGAACUAGAUCAUGUGGAGCUUCAAGGAAAACAUCUAGAUGCCACAAAUUCCACAGCAGGAUAUUCCAUCUAUGGUGUGGACAGCAUGCACAGCUAUGAACAGGUUCUUCGGCAGAUUCGAUAUCGUAACUGGUACACUUCUGCCACCUUUGACAGAAAAUUCAGAGUCAAGUGCUCAGAGCUAAAUGGACGUUACACCAGCAAUGAAUUUAACUUGGAGGUUAAUAUUCUACACAGCUCCAACUCUGACUUCAUGGACCAUGUAAAUCAUAUGAUAGUACAACCGCAAUUUCUCCAAUCUGUCCACCACCCAGAGGGAAGCAUAAGUGCUGUUCACAACUCAGUUGUUCCAAGUGUGGCUACUAUUGUUAUCAUAAUCUGCGUGAGCAUACUCAUUUUCAUCAUAACCUUGGGGGUCUACCGAAUUCGGACAGCUCAUCGGCACAGCUCUGGAGACAAUGAAGGAAGUAAAGAAAAUGAAAUGGAUUGGGAUGAUUCUGCUCUGACUAUUACCGUCAACCCCAUGGAGAAAUAUGAAAAGCCUCAUCAGGCAGAAGAGGAGAGUGAGGAAGAAGACCUAGAAGAUGAAGAGGAAGAUACAACCAGUGCUGAAUCAGAUGAAAGUGAAGAGGAGGAGGAGGAGGAGGAGGAGGAAGAGGAAGUGAUGGUCCAAAAGGGAGACAAACAGAAUGCUACCAGGCAAGAGCAGUUGGAGUGGGAUGAUUCAACACUCCCGUACUAA